CAGCAACUACUCGCCGCCGGGCAGCAACCUGGUGUUCAAGCGCAGCUGCGAGACGGACACGGUCGGCGAGACCAUGGGCUACUUCCCCAUCCGCUCCAUGGUCGACUGCAUCACGCUGUGCGCCUACCUCAACACGUUCCCCAGUUCUGUUAUGGGCAAAUGUGUUGGUGUGGUCUGGGUGUAUUCCGGCCUCCAGGGCGCGGCGAACAACUACUGCUACCCCAAGAACACGACCGGCGCGAACAGGGCUGCGGCCGGGAUCGAGACCGCGUUUUUGCUGGAUUGAUUGAUUAGUUUUCUCGGGUGUCUCGGGUGUUGGGGUGAGACGAGAUGAUACGAGAUGACUGACUGAUAUAAUGUGGUGACGGGUGAAAAAAUCCUUGAACCCUUUCGACAAGUUGCUUUCUAUUUCACACUCACGUGUGGAACUUGUGUGAUUUACACUUUCAAUUCGGCAUUGUUUUGACGCAGCGCAGAGCUGGAGGUUGGUCAGUGAACUGCAUGCUCCAGCCGUUUCCUUUCUCUGCUUUCAUUCACAUCCCAGGUCUUUUUUCUCUCGGGCUUCCAAUUCCAAAACAGACUCCAUGUUUUCUUUUGGUUCUGUUGGAAUGUUUCAAGCAGAAGGGCCUCGAAGGUU